AUGCAAACCGAACAGGCAAUGAAUUUAUCUCUUCCGCCCGAUGUUGUGACAACAAUGACAGAGUUGAGGGAGAAUCCUUUUGCAGAGAGGAUUUUGGAGGUUUUCAGCGAAGACUCCAGCGGGCACAUCACUUUCAACAACUUCGUGGACAUGUUCAACGUUUUCUCGGAACACGCUCCACGCGACUUGAAAGCAUUUUACGCCUUUAAAAUCUACGACAUGGACAACGAUGGGUAUAUCAGCAUGGACGACCUCUACAAUACCCUUCGUUGCCUAACCCGAGAAGAGCUGACCAAAGAAGAGAUUAACCUCGUGGUUCAGAAAGUCCUUGAAGAGUCGGAAAUGGACGACGAUUGCCAAAUCUCAUUCAUGGAGUUUGAGCACGUGAUCUCAAGAGCGCCCGAUUUCCUCAACACCUUCCACAUCAGAAUUUGA